GCUGUUUUGUGUCUAUGGUUGCCAAGUGGACGUAUGAAAAUUUUUGACGUUUCUCAUUUGUGAGCUAAAUGCGUGUCCGUAGUGUAUUAUUAUUUGAAUAACAUUACUUAUUGGAGAGAAACUACUUAAGAAAUGUCUUCUCCACGCACCCGUAGGAAGCUAAACACUAUACGCAACGUGGACGAUAACAAUAAAUGUUUCGAAUGCGGGACUCUCAACCCUCAGUGGGUGUCAGUGACGUACGGGAUCUGGAUAUGCCUGGAGUGCUCGGGAGUGCAUCGCAGCCUCGGCGUACAUUUGUCUUUCGUCAGGAGCGUGACUAUGGAUAAAUGGAAGGACGUGGAAUUAGAGAAAAUGCUUGUAGGAGGCAACAGCAAAGCCCGAGAGUUCUUCGAAAGCCAGCCAGACUUCAAGCCGGGGUUGACCAUACCCCAAAAGUAUAAUACUAAGGCAGCUUCAAUGUACCGUCAGAAG